CGCCCACUCGCUCCAGCCGCUUCACCGCGCCGCCACCGCCACCGCGAGGAUGCCGUUCAAGAGGUUCGUGGAGAUCGGGCGCGUGGCCCUGGUGAACUACGGGGAGGACUAUGGCCGUCUCGUUGUCAUCGUCGAUGUGGUCGACCAGAACAGGGCACUUGUGGAUGCCCCUGAUAUGGUCAGGUGCCAGGUGAACUUCAAGCGGCUCUCACUUACUGACAUCAAGAUUGACAUCAAACGUGUCCCCAAGAAGACAGCCCUGAUCAAGGCGAUGGAGGAAGCUGAUGUGAAGACCAAGUGGGAGAACAGCUCAUGGGGCAAGAAGCUGAUUGUCCAGAAGAGGAGAGCAUCGCUCAAUGACUUUGAUAGGUUCAAAGUCAUGCUGGCGAAGAUUAAGAGGGGCGGUGCUAUCAGGCAAGAGCUCGCCAAGCUGAAGAAGGCGUCCACGGCUUAAGGAGUCUCUUUCCGUGAAUGUCAUGUUAGAGUUUUUGGUUAUGAGUUGGAUCAGCAAUUCGAUUGAGCGUUGUCAAAGCCAGAAUUACCAAUAUGUUCCCUGUAAACCCAUUUCAAACUUUAUCAAGCACGGGCGUGCUCAGGAUACUUUUGCCAUGAAUGAUAUGGAAUAUCUAUGGUAGCUUGUGGC